CCGUUACGUCACAACGAGAUCCCAUGUAAAGACGUCAGUCUCCAAGUAACUCUGCUGUUAAUUUUCCCUUCUUUCUAGUUUUAAACUUUCCUUUUUCGUUUUAAACAAAUAGAUAAUUUACACUUUACAAACAUUGUCUUAUUCUGUGAACAUCAGCGUUUAUAUUAACGAGUUUAUACCGAGAAAAAAGGUAAAACAACUAGACUCGAGUUUAGGGCUGCUUGUCGUUUUUGAGAAUUCAAUCUCGAACAUUCAUUUGAAAUUGGAUUCCGUUCUGAUUUUGUGUGUAACGUUCAUCAACAGGUUAUAGGAGAUGGAAACAAUGGAAGGAACUUCGUCCGCCCAGAACAACAAGAUUCGCCAGGCCCAAGCCAGAGUGGAUGAGGUUGUAGGUGUAAUGCAAGUGAAUAUCGCCAAGGUGCUGGAGAGAGAUCACAAGUUGUCAGAAUUAGAUGAUAGAGCAGACGCCCUCAAUGUUGGGGCUUUCCAAUUUGAACAACAGGCAAUGAAACUUAAAAGGAAGAUGUGGUGGAAAAACCUUAAAUUUACACUCAUUCUUGGUGCAAUCGUCGGAGUAUUGGUUUUAAUUUUGAUAAUUUGGAUUGCUAGAUCAUUUGGAGAUGAUAAACAUCCAGUCACCGAAGCCCCCAGCUCUUAAUAAUUAAAGUGCAAUGUUGUGUAAUGUGAAAAAAUUAUUUUUGUAAAUCUUCUAAAAUAACAACACUUGGUAUUUUUAGAUUAAUAUCUCUUUAAUUUAAUUACAAUUAUAUUUGCUUAUUAUUAAUAAAGCACAUUAUUGAUAUAUAAAUUCCACAUUGUACGUUUAUACUGUUUUACUAUGUAUAUUUCUACUAAAAAAUAAGUUGUUCUAAUAUUUGUAGCACAAAUUUUUCUUUUACUGUUACUAUUAUUUUAUGUAAUUUAAAAAUUAAAUAAAUUGAGGCUAAAGCACAAA